GUGGCUGCUGGGAGAACGCGGAGUCGGGCUUGAGUACUGGGGGGUGAGUAAGAUGGCGGCCUCCAUAGAGGCGGCUGUUGCCGUGUGAGUGCUUUCGCUGGACAGCCAGCGUUCCUUCUCGGAGCUGCUAGCUCCGCGGCGCCUGCCGGACUGAGACUGCUAACUUUUUCACUGCCUCAGGCCGACUCCAGCAGCCCACCCUUUUCUCUCUGUGGUGCCUGCCCCUGCCCCGGGCCAUGGCUUCGGGCCUGCAGCAGGCGGUCGCCUCCGCCUCUGCCGCCUCCGCCUCGUCUUCCUCUGCUGCCGCCGCUACGGCAGCGGCCGGCAGCUCAGUGGCUCAGCUCCUGCAGCCGCGCUGGAAGCGAGUGGUGGGCUGGUCGGGACCCGUGCCUCGACCCCGCCACGGUCACCGCGCCGUGGCCAUCAAGGAGCUCAUCGUGGUGUUUGGUGGCGGCAACGAGGGUAUCGUGGACGAGUUGCACGUGUAUAAUACGGCAACCAACCAAUGGUUUAUCCCCGCGGUUCGAGGGGACAUUCCUCCAGGCUGCGCAGCCUAUGGCUUUGUGUGUGAUGGGACUCGCCUGCUGGUGUUUGGUGGGAUGGUGGAAUAUGGGAAGUACAGCAACGACCUCUACGAGCUACAGGCAAGCAGGUGGGAGUGGAAAAGGCUGAAAGCAAAGGCCCCCAAAAAUGGGCCCCCUCCAUGCCCUCGGCUUGGGCACAGCUUUUCUCUCGUGGGCAACAAAUGCUACCUGUUUGGGGGUUUGGCUAAUGACAGCGAGGAUCCCAAGAACAACAUUCCGAGGUACUUGAAUGACCUAUACAUCUUGGAGUUAAGGCCAGGCUCUGGCGUAGUAGCCUGGGACAUCCCCAUUACUUAUGGGGUCCUGCCGCCCCCCAGGGAGUCUCACACAGCUGUAGUCUAUACAGAAAAGGACAACAAGAAAUCCAAACUGGUUAUCUACGGGGGAAUGAGUGGCUGCAGGCUUGGGGAUCUCUGGACCCUGGAUAUUGAGAGCCUGACCUGGAAUAAACCUACUCUCAGUGGAGUGGCUCCUCUGCCUCGAAGUCUUCAUUCUGCCACCACCAUAGGAAACAAAAUGUAUGUGUUUGGUGGUUGGGUUCCUCUUGUUAUGGAUGACGUCAAAGUGGCCACACAUGAGAAGGAGUGGAAGUGCACCAACACACUGGCCUGUCUCAACUUGGACACCAUGGCCUGGGAAGCUAUUCUGAUGGACACACUGGAAGACAACAUCCCCCGGGCUCGAGCUGGGCACUGUGCAGUGGCUAUCAAUACCCGGCUCUACAUCUGGAGUGGGCGAGAUGGUUACCGAAAGGCAUGGAAUAACCAAGUCUGCUGUAAGGACCUUUGGUACCUUGAGACCGAAAAGCCUCCUGCCCCGUCCCGGGUGCAGCUGGUCCGAGCCAACACCAACUCCCUAGAGGUGAGCUGGGGAGCGGUGCCAACAGCUGACAGCUAUCUCCUGCAGCUCCAGAAGUAUGACAUUCCUGCUGCUGCCGCUGCCGCCACCUCGCCUGCAGCCAACCCAGUUCCAUCUGUGCCUAUCAAUCCCCCCAAGAGCCCUGCCCCAGCUGCAGCAGCCCCUGCCGUGCAGCCGCUGGCCCAGGUUGGCAUUACGCUGCUCCCACAGGCAGCUGCAAACCCUCCCACCACCACCACCACCAUCCAGGUCUUGCCGACAGUGCCUGGCAGCCCCAUCCCUGUGCCCACCACAGGUCGGACUCAAGGUGUCCCUGCUGUUCUCAAAGUGACUGGCCCCCAAGCCACAGCAGGAACUCCCCUGGUCACUGUUCGACCAGCCAGCCAACCUGGGAAAGCUCCAGUUACUGUGACUUCGCUGCCUGCUGGUGUCCGAAUGGUUGUGCCGACACAGAGUGCCCAGGGGACAGUGAUUGGCAGCAAUCCUCAGAUGAGCGGAAUGGCGGCAUUGGCGGCGGCGGCUGCCGCCACCCAGAAGAUCCCUCCUUCCUCGGCUCCCACAGUACUGAGUGUCCCUGCAGGGACCACCAUUGUUAAAACAGUAGCUGUGUCUCCUGGAACCACUACACUUCCAGCCACAGUGAAAGUGGCCUCCUCCCCAGUCAUGGUGAGCAACCCUGCCACCCGGAUGUUGAAAACGGCAGCAGCUCAAGUGGGCACGUCAGUGUCAUCAGCUGCCAACACUCCCACCCGCCCCAUCAUCACUGUUCACAAAUCAGGCACUGUGACUGUGGCCCAGCAAGCCCAGGUGGUGACCACUGUGGUUGGUGGGGUCACCAAAACCAUCACUCUGGUGAAAAGCCCCAUCUCUGUCCCGGGGGGCAGUGCACUGAUUUCUAAUCUGGGCAAAGUGAUGUCAGUUGUUCAGACCAAACCGGUUCAGACCUCAGCGGUCACAGGCCAGGCUUCUACUGGCCCCGUGACUCAGAUCAUCCAGACCAAAGGACCCCUGCCAGCGGGUACCAUUCUGAAGCUGGUAACGUCAGCCGAUGGCAAGCCUACCACCAUCAUCACCACCACUCAAGCUAGCGGAACUGGAACCAAACCCACCAUCUUGGGCAUCAGCAGCGUCUCCCCCAACACCACCAAACCGGGCACUACCACCAUCAUCAAAACCAUCCCCAUGUCGGCUAUCAUCACCCAGUCCGGAGCGACGGGUAGGGGCGUCGGGCAGGGGCCGCGCGAUAUGUACCCGAAUACAAUUACUCUCCAAAAGUCACCCGACACAACAUCCUGGGUGUCCCCCAAUGGGCUGAAUUCUGAGUCGGGGUAUAAGGUCCAGGCUGGUGUAACCAGCAGCCCUGGGAUCAAAUCCCCCAUCACCAUCAUUACCACAAAGGUCAUGACAUCGGGCACAGGCACACCUGCCAAAAUCAUCACUGCUGUCCCCAAAAUUGCUACUGGACACGGGCAGCAGGGUGUAACCCAGGUGGUGCUGAAGGGGGCCCCUGGACAGCCGGGCACCAUCCUCCGAACAGUUCCCAUGGGUGGGGUGCGGCUUGUCACUCCAGUCACAGUAUCUGCUGUUAAGCCAACUGUCACUACCCUGGUGGUGAAAGGCACCACAGGAGUCACGACCCUCGGCACUGUGACUGGUACAGUGUCCACCAGCCUCGCUGGAGCGGGUGGCCAUAACACCAACGCCUCCCUAGCUACUCCCAUCACCACCCUAGGGACUAUUGCCACCCUGUCAAGCCAAGUGAUCAAUCCUACAGCCAUUACUGUGUCAGCUGCCCAGACCACUCUGACGGCGGCCGGAGGGCUCACCACCCCCACCAUUACCAUGCAGCCUGUCUCUCAGCCCACUCAAGUGACGCUGAUUACCACACCCAGUGGAGUGGAGGCCCAGCCAGUGCAUGACCUCCCUGUCUCCAUCUUGGCCUCACCUACAACAGAGCAGCCCACAGCCACAGUCACAAUCGCUGAAUCAGGCCAGGGCGAUGUGCAGCCUGGCACCGUGACACUAGUGUGCUCCAACCCCCCCUGCGAGACCCAUGAGACGGGCACUACUAAUACAGCCACCACAACUGUGGUAGCAAACCUUGGGGGCCUCCAGCAGCCAACCCAGGUCCAGUUUGUUUGUGACAGGCAGGAGGCAGGUGCCUCAUUGGUGGCUUCAGCAGUGGGUCAACAGAAUGGCAGCGUGGUGCGGGUCUGUUCCAAUCCCCCCUGUGAGAUCCAUGAGACAGGCACCACCAACACUCCUACCGUGGUCAGUGCCAACCUAACCAUCCCCGCACUGCUAGGGGCAGGGCAGAUUGUGUGCUCCAACCCCCCUUGUGAGACCCAUGAGACAGGUACCACCAACACAGCCACCUCUAGUAUGGCUGGGCAGCAUAUGUACUCCAACCCCCCAGGCCAGCCCCAGGAAACAGGUACCGCCAAUAGAGCCGCACCCAACGCGGUUGGGCAACGAGUGUGCUCCAACCCCCCGUGUGAGACCCACGAGACGGGUACCACCAACACAGCCACCACCGCCACAUCCAACAUGACUGGGCAGCGUGUGUGUACAAACCCCCCGUGUGAGACCCAUGAGACAGGAACCACCAGCACUGCCACUACUGCCAUGUCCAACAUGGGCUCAGGGCAGCCAGCAACUGCCAGCCAGCAGCGUGAGACACAUCACACUCACACAACCAACACCCCCACCACAGCCCGAUCUAAUAUGGGCACUGGGGAGCCCGAGGGAGCGCAGGCUCCUGCCAAGGUUCCAUGCCAAACCCAUCAGACCAGCGCAACCAGCACCACCAUGACUGUGAAAGCUACAGAGAGACCAUGCCCAGUUGCUCCCCGGCUUUGCCCCAAUCCAUCCUGUGAGCCUGGCGCCGGCACCACAGGUUCUAUGGGGCCGGCACCUCAGAGCAGCUCAGCUAGUGGGGGUGGUACCAGCACAGGCUUAGGGCAACUAGCCUUCAUCAGCCGGCAGUCUGAGGUACAGCAUACCCAUACAACAAACACCCCGACUACAGCCCGGUCCAAUAUGGGCGCUGGGGAGGCCAUUGGGGUACAGGGGCCCACAAAGCCCUCAUGCCAAACACAUCAGACCAGUUCCACCAGCACCACUAUGACUGUGAAAGCCACAGAGGUGCUUUGCCUGGCUCCUUCUGCCUGUUCCAACCCACCUUGUGAAACGCAUGAGACUGGUACCACCAACACAGCCACUACCUCGAAUGCAGGCACUCUCCAGCAGGUGUGCUCCAAUCCACCCUGUGAGACCCACGAGACUGGUACCACACAUACGGCCACCACUGCCACCUCCAAUGUAGGCUCCAGUCAGCCUGGGCAGCAGAUACCUGCUAGCCCUCAUUGUGAGACUCACCAGACCACCUCCACUGGCACCACCAUGACAGUCAACUUUGGUGUCCCACCCUCUGGGGCCAGCCCCUCCCAGAAGACCCUGGAGGCAGCCUUAGAUUCUGCAGCAGCACCAGCCCCUCCCCCAGGGCAGAGGGUGUGUUCCAACCCCCCCUGUGAAACCCAUGAGACAGGCACCACACAUACGGCCACCACUGUCACCUCUAAUAUGAGCUCAAACCAAGACCCACCGCCAGCUCAAGGCAAUCAAGGGGAGCCGGAGAACAUGCAAGGAGAAAGCAUGAACACCACCAGCUCCAGCACCAUCACCACGACAGUUUCUUCUACUCAGACCCGCGCUGUGACUACUGUGACACAGUCCACGCCAGUUCCCGGUCCUUCAGUGCCGAACAUCUCAUCGAUGACGGAGAUGCCUCCCGAUGCCAUGGCUACAGAAACGUCUGUCUCAGCCACAAUAGCAGUGGCUGUGACUGGCACAGACGCGCAAGAGGUGGCCCUCUCGGCCACAGACAUCCUCCAACCCUUAGAAGAGAUCCCAGCUGAGACAGAAGCUCCGCAGCAGCUCUUACAGCCUCCCUCUGCUCCUGGAGGAGAGCAGACCGAGGGCCCUUCAGCUACUCACAGUCCUGAUCUACAGGCGGCAGUGGACAUGAGUGGACCCGGGGAGCCCUCUCCAGGCCAGGAGGCUACCACCUCAGCUGUAGUGACAGCCGUUAUGGUCCAGCCGCAGCCACAGCCCGAAGUGGACCAAUUGUCCCUGCCCCAAGAGCUGAUGGCUGAGGCUCAGGCUGGCACUACCACCCUUAUGGUUACAGGCCUUACCCCAGAGGAACUGGCAGUGACAGCAGCAGCUGAGGCUGCAGCCCAAGCAGCAGCUACUGAGGAAGCCCAGGCCCUGGCAAUCCAGGCCGUGCUCCAGGCAGCUCAGCAGGCCGUCAUGGGUGCUGGCGAGCCAAUGGACACAUCAGAUGCUGCUGCAGUGGCACAGGCAGAGCUGGGACACUUGACAGCCGAGGGCCAGGAGGGGCAGCCUACUUCCAUCCCCAUUGUGCUGACCCAGCAGGAACUGGCUGCUUUGGUACAGCAGCAGCAACAAUUGCAGGAGGCUCAGGCUCAGGUGCACCACCACCAUCACCACCACCACCACCUGCCUACUGAGGCUCUGGCCCCGGCUGACAGCCUCAACGACCCAGCCACAGAAAGUAAUGGCCUCAGUGACCUAGCCAGUGCUGUCACCAGCACUGUGGCCCUUCUGCCUUCCACAGCAACAGAGAGUUUGGCUCCAUCUAACACAUUUGUGGCUCCUCAGCCAGUGGUGGCUAGUCCAGCGAAGCUCCAGGCAGCUACUGCCCUGGCUGAGGUAGCUAAUGGCAUCGAGUCACCAGUGGGGAAACCCGACCCCUUGCCCCCACCUAUGAAAGCCACAGCAAAGAAAGAAAACCAGUGGUUCGAUGUUGGGGUCAUCAAAGGCACCAACAUGAUGGUGAUGCACUAUUUCCUGCCCCCAGAUGACGCCCCGAGUGACGAUGACUCGGGCACUAUCCCUGACUACAACCAACUAAAGAAGCAAGAGCUGCAGCCAGGCACAGCCUACAAGUUCCGAGUUGCAGGCAUCAAUGCCUGUGGCCGGGGACCCUUCAGUGAAAUCUCAGCCUUUAAGACUUGUCUGCCUGGCUUUCCUGGGGCUCCCUGUGCCAUUAAAAUCAGUAAAAGUCCAGAUGGUGCACACCUCACCUGGGAGCCACCCUCAGUGACCUCGGGCAAGAUCAUUGAGUACUCAGUAUACCUAGCCAUCCAGAGCUCCCAGGCAGGUGAACCGAAAAGCUCAGCCCCAGCUCAGUUGGCCUUCAUGCGGGUCUAUUGUGGGCCCAACCCAUCCUGCUUGGUGCAGUCCUCCAGCCUCUCCAAUGCCCACAUAGACUAUACCACCAAGCCCGCCAUCAUCUUCCGAAUUGCUGCCCGCAAUGAGAAGGGCUACGGCCCUGCCACACAAGUCAGGUGGUUACAAGAAUCUAGCAAAGAGAGUUCCAGCUCCAAGCCUGCCAGCAAGCGGCCCUUGUCCUCCCCAGAAAUGAAAUCUGCUCCAAAGAAAUCCAAGGCAGAUGGCCAGUGAAUGCCGACCCUCUCCCCAGCCCCCUGCUCUGCUUCCAAGAUACCACCUGCUGCGCCUUGUACAACUUCCCCUCCUCCCCCUCUCCCCCCACCCUUUACCCCCAAACCUUUGGAGCCUCCCUCCGCCCAGUUUUCUUGUUCUCCAUUUUGUUUUGGUUUGGUUUGUUUUGGUUUUUUGAAAGGGUGGGGAGGACGAGUUGUUAUGAAGAAAGCACAUUUGAAAAUAUUGGGUUGGGGAGGGGAAAAGGUUAGCUUGAGAAAGAGGAGGAGAGGACCCCUGUGCUGGAUUUUGCAUGCAGUACCAAACCUCAGAGACAGCGGGUGGCCCCUCGUGCCUCCCCUGGGUGGUAGCGGGAAGAGGGGAAGAGGAUGACGACGACGGGGGACCCUUGGCGGUCUCCCUCUACCCAUGAAAGUUUUUCACAGCGGGGGUCCCGUGUAGGUUUUAUGCUUGUCCCAUAUUCAUGACCUUUAAAAGAGAAAUUUCAAAUUCCUUUUUAAGACAAACAUUUCUUUAUUCUUGGUUUUCCCUGGGGUUGCAGAGGAGACAGGUGUGGGAAUGGAGGAGGAAGAGGAGGACUUCAGCCACAAGAAAAUCAAAGGAAACCAACGGGCGGUGGGCACUUAGCCGGCCUUCCUCCCCUCCCACCCCUUCCUCCAAGUCGGACUUAGGCCAACCCCACGGGCAUCUUUUGUCAUUUUUAUCUUUUUAGUUUGCAGCACCCAGAUUCCUUAACCUCACCUCAUCCCUGUUCCCCCCAAGCCUGUGAUUCCCCAGGACCCUGGCAUCACAAUCUGCUACACCCCCCCAACACACUCCUGCACAGAGCAGGGGCUGGCACGGGCAGCAUGGCUUGGUCUAGAAGAUGCUUUGUAAUGCCACACUAGGGCGAGGUAGCCCAGACAAGUUAGGGUCAGGGGAGGGGGGGGAACUAUCAUCGUUUUUUUUUAAGUGAAAAAGUUGAAGAGACGAAGCUCAUUUUUAUUACAAUCUUAUAGUAUGUGGGGCUUUUUUUCCCUUUUUUGGGGGGGUAUCUUUUAGCAAUGUACAAAAUGGAUUAUUUUUUUUUUUCCUCCCAAUUUAGCAUCAGUCUUGGCAGGGAUGUUCUGGGUGGGGGGAGGCGGGAGGGGGGCUAAACUGGCCAGGAUGAGAGAAUGGCAGCCCUGGGUAGCGCCAGCAGAGACAGGCUUUAAAUACUUUGGUUUCUCUUGACCGCAAACACUUUCUGCAUGUUGCCGGUCCCUUAUCUUCUGCUGGCCCAAUUCCCCUGAAGGAAGAGGGUAUGUCAGGUUAAUUGGGAGGAAGGAGGCAAUAACAACUUAGGCACAUAAAGAACCCAGAUCCUUUCAAGUUUCUCGCAUUUGCCAGUUGGGCAAUAAGUGAACCAUCAGCUUGGUUUUCAAGAAAGGUAAUGUUGGAAUCUGCUGCCUCCCUUGUCCCCCGCCCUCCCCCCGAUCCCUUUAUGUCUGAGCUCCCUAUAGACCCUGCCCUGGUCAGCUAGGGCCAGUCCAAACGGGAAGGGUUUCUGGUAUAGAUGGAGCCGAGAGUAGACAGCUGCCAGUUUCCAAGAGAGGCCCUUCCCCCAAACUUUUGUUUUGGGGGAAAGAGGGGAAUCGAAAGGGCAGAAAGGAAACUUGGAUCGGAAGAAGUGGAAGUCGGAUGAUUGGAGGGGGAUGGGGGUGCUCUUUCUCAAAGCCAGCAGCUCCGGCCUACAGAUUCCAUGAAUUUGUAGGCCUUGCUCUCCAGCUUCACCCACCUGCUCUGAAGAGUAGAGCCAGUGAGUCAGGAGCUGAACUCAAUGUAAUAUGGCAGGGUGGCUACGGGGAGCCAAGCUCCCCGGGGCCCCAAACCUGCAUUGGCAAAACGAGCACUUUGCAAAAUGCUGUACAAAAGAAUUUCCAAACAGCCAGCCAGCCUUGAGGACCUGGCUAGAGCCUCUCCUCAGUUCUUGGGCCAGUCUGGAGAGGUAGCGACCGAUAUCCUUUUCCCUGCUCUCCCACGGUACCCUCUUCCCUCUGCUAUUGGACCCUACAAAACUGCAGGGCCUCUUCUUUUGUAUUAUAGUAUAUUUCACUGUGGACGACUUUACUGUUUAGUCUCUUAGAUUCCAUUCGCCUGGUCCUGCCAUCUGUUUUUCUUCAUCUUCUACCACCCACCCCUUUAAUUUCUUGCUUUUUUUUUUUUUUUAAAAGGACAGCUGUUCAAUCUUCCAUUGUAGAGAACCCCUCCCCCUGUGACUCAAUAUUACCCUAGUGCUAUGUUGUUUGUGCUAUUUUGAACAAUAAAAUACGUUUUUUUGAAAUAA